UCUCCUCGCCCGCGCGCGCGCUCCGCUCAGGACAGCGCCGAGCAGCCGCCUCCUCCUCCUCAGUCUGUCGCAGGGAUGAAGCACACCCAGAGCGUCUCCCGCCUCCCCUCGGCGGUCACCCCCGGGGCGAAGCCGGCCAGCGGGAAGCCCCAGCACGGCGGCGCCGGAGCGGGCAGCCGGACGCGCGGCCCCGAGAGGGAACCUUCCCUGGCGCCCCGGCCGCCCUUCCACCUCCACCGCGAAGAGCGGGAAGCCUUCUUCAACCUCCUGGAAGACGACGUGGUGCAGGAGUUCCUGUCGAUGGACGUGUGCUACCGGAUUUCGGAUAAGUAUCUUCUAGCAAUGGUGCUGACGUACUUCAAGCGCGCUGGCCUGCCCACCAGCGAGUACACCAGGAUGAACCUCUUCGCUGCCCUGUACCUUGCUAACGACAUGGAGGAAGACGAGGAGGAGUACAAGUACGAGAUCUUCCCCUGGGCCCUCGGCGACGACUGGGCGGCAGCUCUUCCCCGCUUCCUCAAGCUGCGCGACAGCUUCUGGGCCAAGAUGAACUACCGGGCAGCCGUCAGCCGGCACUGCUGCGACGAGGUCAUGGCGAAGGAGCCGUCCCACUGGGCCUGGCUGCGCGAGCGGCCUACCCACCACAGCGGGGCCACGCGGGGCUACCUGAGGGACGAGAAGGACUUCUUCCCCCGCGGCCCCGGCGUCACCCCUCCGAGCUGCCCCCUCUGCGCCUGCCGGCUGCCCGCUGACGAGGAGGAGGAGGAAGAGGAGGAGGAAGACGACGGCGGUCUGCGCCGCUGCCUGCCGACUGGCCUCGCGACUUGCUAAUCCUCCCGCCGAAAGUCCCGCUGCGCCCGGUGGCCGCCUACCGCCUGCAGCUGCUGCGGGAACCCGACGCCGAGCGCCGGGGCACCGUCCUCGCCUGGCCCUCCGUGGGAUGACGCCGCCGGCCCGGCCGGAUCGCCGCCCUUUUCCCGACGGAGCCGCGGUCGGCGCUGCUCGCGGAACGUCCGUGGGGCUUUUUUUUUUUUUCCUUUUUUCCCCCCUUUCCUCCUCUCCGAGCACUUU